AUGAACGAUGCAAGUACCGUUGAUAUGGUGAACGAGUAUGUACGUCUGGUGACGAUAAAACAAUAUGCAAUUGGGACUUUCGUUCUAAUCGUAUACGAAUACCUCAUCACGUUCGAUGCCGAGGUGGAUCUGAUCUGGAAACGCAAGUUCACGUUCGUCACCGUGCUAUGGUUCUUUAAUCGGUACAUCAUGCUGUUCACGCAGGGUCCGGCCGUUCUCUUUCACUUCUACGCACUCACCGACGAGAAACUCAUGGCCUAUCUCAGAUGCGGCAUGUUUGUCAAGUUUCCUGGAAUCAUGCAGAUUAUAUCGAACACGUCCACAGGUCUCACUUUGAUACUGCGGACCUAUGCGCUAUAUAAUCGUAGCACCACAAUAGCGAUCUUGCUGCUCAUGGCGCUCGCUGGCGAGAUAGCGGUGGAGCUGUGGGCUGUGGCGGACGGCAUCGCCAUCGAAAUCCCCGAAGCUCUUGGCGCAUGCAUUCUCAGCGGCGAACCACAGGAGUGGGUUCCACGAUCUCUUCGCCCUUUUCUGACCUUUUAUGAACCCUCCGGCUGUCUUCCACGUCACAGCGGCAUUCGAUUCACCGCGUUCUGGAUCGGUCAACUCGUGUUUCCGUCAAUCAUCACCAUCUUGACAGUCGCUCGCGCACUCAAGUUCCGCGGUGUCCGUGCAGAUACAGUCCAGGUCAUGCUACGCGAUGGCGUGCUUUACUUUGCCGUGGUGUUUCUUAUUAAUCUUGUCAAUGUCAUAAUAUAUGUCACUGCACCGAUUGGCCUCAACGCUAUCAACGCGCCCAUGAGUGCUGUAUUAUCAUCCAUGAUGAUGUGCCGUCUCAUGCUCAAUCUGAGCCAGAGCCCCUCGACCUCCCGCACGGGGACGCGGACGCAUGUGACGACGACCUGGAUGCUGACGACGGAAGAGCUUACCGCAGAGUUCUUCAUUGGCAACCUAGGCGAGCAUGUCAAGUCGAGCCCUGAUGCCGGCUCCGACCUCAAAGACGCCGACGGCAUGUACGGACACCCAAGCACGUCGCACAGUCAAGCACACGGCGAGUCACUCGGAGAUGAGGUGGAGUUGCCCUUGGUCCCAUGCAUGAGUACUGGCGAUGAGAUGGACCACGUAAGUGCUCUUCACGUUGUGGAUGAGCUUGCGCGACAAGUGAUGAUCAAACAGUAUUCUGCUGCUACCUUCGCACUCAUCUUCUACGAGUACAUCAUCACAUUCGAGGCCGAGGUAAACCUGAUAUGGCGACGCAGAUUCACGUUCGUGAGCGGGUUAUGGUUCUUUAAUCGGUAUAUCGUGCUAUUUACGCAGGCGCCAUCCUUUAUCUGGUUCACCGCGUUCUGGAUCGGUCAACUCGUGUUUCCAACAGUAAUAGUCGCCCUGACGGUCGCCCGCGCGCUCAAGUUCCGUGGCGCUCGUGUCGGCACACUCGUUCAGGUCAUACUACGUGAUGGCGUGCUGUAUUUUCUCGUCGUAUUCCUGAUCAAUCUCGUCAACGUCGUGGUAUACGUUACUGCGCCGGUCGGUAUAAAUGCCAUCAACGCACCCUUGAGCGCGGCCUUGACAUCUAUGAUGAUUUGCCGCCUCAUGCUCAACCUGAGCGAGAGCCAUGCAGCCUCGUACAUGCGGACGCGCACGCAGAUGCCGACCAUGGAGGAUCUCACCGCGGAGUUCUUCAUCGGCGACCUAAGCGAAGACCUCAAGUCGGGCGCCGAACGCGACGUCGACGGAUUCGGAGAAGAGGUGGAGCUUAAUACGCGCGGGGCACAUGAUCAACCAUUGCCUAUAAGCAUAUGA